CCCGGCCCCCUUCACGAUAGAGAGUCAAGCAAUAUCCACCAUGAGAGAGCUUGAUGAGGAGCCCCAAACAUCGGAGAGAGAAGGGUACCCCCCUGCAUCCUUCAUGAUGGAGAGUCCAGCAAUAUCCACCAUGAGAGAGAUAGAGGAGGAAGAGCUUGACGAGGAGCCCCAAACAUCGGAGAGAGAAGGGUACCCCCCUGCAUCCUUCAUGAUGGAGAGUCCAGCAAUAUCCACCAUGAGAGAGAUAAAGGAGGAAAUGCCUGACGAGGAGCCCCAAACAUCAGAGAGAGAUGGGUACCAGAUCGUUUACAUCAAGCAAGAGCUCAAUGACGAGGAUACCUGGCAAGAUGAUGGAGCUCAAAUGCAGAUACAUGUGCCAGUAAAGACAGAAAGCUCAUCUGAGUCGGAUGGAAAUCCAACUUUCCAGGAGUGCAAUCAGGAUUCAGGUUCACAGCUUUCAGAAGAAGAUGGAGAACAGGAUGACAGAGGAGGUGUCUUGCCAAGAAACUACAGUUUGUUGAAGACAGCUCUCAUCGAAGUAGAGUCAAGUAUAAUAGAAUCAAGGGUAUUUUCAGGAAGGCCCACCAACUUGCUGAACUAACAAAGAGUGAGGUGUUCUUAUUUCU